AUGUUGUCCGUGGCCACGCGCUCCGACCCCUUCGCUCUUCCUUGUGUGUGGGCCACCUUGUCGGCCGCGGUGCUGGUGCUAGGGCUGCCUUCGGUGGCCACCAAGCUGCUGGCGCUGGAUCUGAAGCAGCCUCUGCUGUGCCGGGAGUCGCUGAGUGGGCAGGCCACCUGGGGAGGCCUUGUUGCCUCUGCGGUCCUCAACGCUCCUGCGAGCAUUCGUUACAUCCACAAUGAUGUCAUGGUGCUCGACUUCUCUGACUACCGUCGCCCUGAGGUCUUAGAUAGCAGAAAGUCUUCCCAAGACAGCAGCGAAACCAGGAAAGUGUUCUCCUACUUUCUCACAGUGACAACCUGCGUGGCCUCUGCAUACAUCACUAAGAAUGUGAUCACCCAGUUCGUCUUCAGCAUGAGCACUUCCGCCGAUAUGCUGGCCAUGUCCAAGAUUGAGAUCAAGCUGGGUGAUAUUCCAGAGGGCAAGAACACGGCUUUCAAAUGGCGAGGGAAGCCUCUGUUUGUGCAGCACAGAACACAAAAAGAGAUAGCUCAAGAAGCCCAACUCUCUUUGGCUGACUUACGAGAUCCGCAGCAUGAUUUAGACAGAGUAAAGAAGCCUGAAUGGAUUAUCCUGAUAGGGGUGUGCACCCAUCUCGGUUGUGUGCCCAUUGCAAAUGCUGGAGAUUUUGGUGGCUAUUACUGCCCUUGCCACGGGUCCCAUUACGAUGCCUCUGGCAAGAUCCGGAAAGGCCCAGCUCCACUAAACCUCGAGGUCCCCUACUAUGAAUUUCCUUCUGAUGACUUAGUUAUU